AUGAAUGGCAUUAUACAUCAGUGUUCACAUCCAAAUGAUGAUGAUGUUCACUUCAGAAUCUCAGAAGAUAAGAUUUUUGCUGAUAUUUUUCACUAUUUGGAGGUUCUGUUUCGCAUUAUUAAACCAAGGAAGGUUUUUUUCAUGGCGGUUGAUGGAGUAGCUCCAAGAGCAAAAAUGAAUCAGCAGCGUGGGAGACGUUUUAGAUCAGCAAAAGAGGCAGAGGACAAAAUAAAAAAGGCAUUAGAAAAGGGAGAGACUCUCCCUACAGAAGCCAGAUUUGACUCCAACUGUAUUACACCAGGAACUGAAUUCAUGGCUAGACUACAUGAGCAUCUUAAAUAUUUUGUAAAUAUGAAGAUUUCCACAGACAAAUCCUGGCAGAGAGUAACAGUCUACUUAUCGGGCCAUGAGACUCCGGGGGAAGGUGAGCAUAAAAUUAUGGAGUUCAUCAGAUCAGAAAAAGCAAAACCCCAUCAUGAUCCCAACACAAGACACUGUCUCUAUGGCUUAGAUGCUGACUUGAUUAUGCUCGGAUUAACAAGUCAUGAGGCACACUUUGCGCUCUUAAGAGAAGAAGUCAGAUUUGGUGGUAAAAAAUCUCAAAGAGCAUGUGCACCAGAGGAAACCACAUUUCAUUUACUGCACUUAUCACUGAUGAGAGAAUAUAUCGAUUAUGAAUUUUCACCAGUAAAAGACAAGAUUUCCUUUGAAUAUGAUAUUGAAAGGAUAAUAGAUGAUUGGAUCUUAAUGGGUUUCCUUGUAGGAAACGAUUUUAUUCCUCAUCUACCUCAUUUACACAUUAAUCAUGAUGCACUGCCGCUACUUUAUAGAACAUACAUGGCUAUCUUGCCAGAACUGGGAGGUUACAUAAAUGAAAACGGGCAUCUGAAUUUAAAACGCUUUGAGAAAUAUCUCACAAGAUUGUCAGAUUUUGAUCGUGAACACUUCAGUGAAGUCUUCGUGGACCUAAAAUGGUUUGAAAGUAAAGUAGGCAAUAAAUACCUCAAUGAGGCAGCUGGUAUUGCAGCAGAGGAAGCCAGAAAAAAUAAACAAAAGAAACAAAAGGCUCAGGAAAAUUCUAUAUGUUUGGCUGCUUUAGAAAAAAACGAAGGUGAAGUGACCCCUAAAACUGUGUUGGAAGAAGAACCAGAAGAUGAUGAUCUCUUUGAAACAGAGUUUAGGCAAUACAAAAGAACUUACUACAUGACUAAAAUGGGUGUAGAAGUAGUUUCUGAUGACUUCUUGGCGGAUCAAGCUGAAUGUUAUGUCCAGGCAAUACAAUGGAUUUUGCAUUAUUAUUACCAUGGAGUUCAAUCAUGGAGCUGGUUUUAUCCUUAUCAUUAUGCACCUUAUCUGUCCGAUAUUCGCAACAUUGGUGAACUCAAAAUCAAAUUUGAACUAGGAAAACCUUUCAUGCCAUUUGAACAGCUUCUUGCUGUACUGCCAGCAGCUAGCAAAGAUCUGCUACCUAAAUGCUACCAGCACUUGAUGAUCAGUCAAGACUCUCCUAUUAUAGAAUAUUAUCCACCGGAUUUUAAAACUGACCUAAAUGGAAAACAGCAAGAAUGGGAAGCUGUAGUAUUAAUUCCGUUUAUCGAUGAGAAACGACUGCUGCAGGCCAUGGAAUCCUGUAAUAAGUGCCUAAAAGAAGAGGAGAAACGAAGAAAUACUCACAGUGCUUGCUUAAUGUACUGCUAUGACAAAGAUGCAGAGUUCCAGUACAUGUCACCAUGGCCAGAGAAAUUUCCUGCGAUAGAAAGAUGUCAUACGAGGUAUAAAACAAUACCUUUGGAUGCUUGGCACGUAGAAAUAACCCACAAUAAGAUAACUAAAAUCAACAAGAGUGCAUUAUAUUUUUGUGGAUUUCCUACUUUAAAGCACAUUAAACAUAAGUUCUAUCUUAGAAAAAGUGGUGUACAGGUCUUUCAGCAAAGCAGCCAUGGAGAGAACAUGAUGUUAGAAAUCAUAGCUGAUGAGAACUCAAAAGAACAGAUGGUAGAAAAUGUUGCCAGUAUGGUACUUGGAAAGCGCGUUUUUGUUAACUGGCCACACCUUGAAGAAGCCAGAGUUGUUGCUGUGUCUGAUGGAGAAACUAAGUUUUAUUUGGAAGAACCACAUGGCACACAGAAGCUUUACACGGGAAAUGCAGUGCCCCCAACUAAAGUGGCAUACGUUGGAGAUAAGGAACAGAGCAUGUGGUUAAAAGAAGUUCAAGGCAUUUCAGAGCACUACCAGAGAAGAAAAGGAAUAAUUAUUCAUGAAACAUCAAUAGUUGUAUAUGCUCAGUUACUCACUGGUAAUAGAUACCAACUAAACCAAAACGGAGAAGUUUAUUUGGAGAAGCAGUGGUCAAAACAAGUUCUUCCUUUUGUUUACCAAACUGUUGUCAAGGAUAUCAAAGCCUUUGACUCACGUUUUUCAAACAUCAAAACUUUGGAUGACUUAUUUCCUCCUGGAAGUACAGCCUUUAUGCUAGGAUCUCCUUACUACGGCUGCAUGGGAGAAGUUCAAGAUUCACGUGAUGUGAUCACAGAAGGUAGAAUUCGUGUAGUUUUUAAUAUACCCUGUGAACCACAGCUUGAUUCUUUAAUACAGAACCAGCAUAAAUAUUCUGUGAAAUACAAUCCUGCAUAUAUUUUGGCCAGCCGUCUUGGAGUAAGUGGAUAUCUUGUCUCCAGAUUUACAGGGAGUAUCUUUAUUGGAAGAGGAUCAAAGAAAAAUCCUCAUGGAGAUCACAAAGCAAAUGUGGGGCUAAACCUGAAAUUCAAUAAGAAAAAUGAAGAAGUUCCUGGCUAUACUAAGAAAGUUGGAAGUGAAUGGAUGUAUUCUUCUGCAGUAGAACAACUACUUGCUGAGUAUUUAGAAAGGGUCCCUGAACUAUUUAAUUAUAUAGCUAAGAAUAGUCAGGAAGAUAUCUUCUAUGAAGAUGACAUUUGGCCUGGAGAGGAUGAGAAUGGAGCUGAGAAAGUUCAAGAAAUUGUUGCCUGGUUAAAGGCACAUCCUGUGUCUGCUUUGUCUCGCUCAUCUUGUGACUUGCAAAUUUUGGAUGCAGCCAUUGUUGAGAAAAUUGAAGAAGAAAUAGAGAAAUGCAAGCAAAGAAAGAGCAACAAGAAGGUGCGAGUAACUGUGAAACCCCAUUUGCUGUACAGACCAUUAGAACAACAGAAUGGGGUUGUUCCAGAUCGAGAUGCAGAGUACAGGCUGUUUGACCGUGUUGUCAAUGUGAGAGAGAACUUUUCCGUUCCAGUUGGUCUUCGAGGUACCAUUAUAGGAAUUAAAGGAGCUAGUAGAGACACAGAUGUGCUCUUUGAAGUUUUGUUUGAUGAAGAAUUCCUUGGAGGCCUAACUAUAAGGUGCUCACCUGCCAGAGGUUAUCGUCUGCCAUCAAAUGCCUUAAUUAACCUGUCUCAUGGUAGUCGGUCAGAAAUGGGAAAUCAAAAACUGACGGCCAUAGUUAAACCUCAGCCAGCUGUGAAUAACUACAGUUCAUAUGCGUCUGAUCUGUCAUCUGUAUGCUCGCAAAAAGCGCAUCUGGGAGGCCUCAACCAUUCUCCUCGCUCCCUUUUUGUUCCUACUCAACAACUGAAUGGAAGACAGCAUUACAAUCUCAGGGCUGAAAAUCAGGGCAACUCUAAUUCACCCCAGAAAGGAUCAUUUCUGAGUGGCAAUCAGAAAACUAAAGCACAAAGUAAGCAAGGGGAUGAAUUCUGCAGCAUAUGGCAGUCACUGCAGAGUUCUGGGAAGUCUCGCCACAUUCAGCAAACCACGCGUGAAAAGGGUGCAGUUCUACCUCAGGAAAUCAAGCUGGGAACUGGCAAUCAGUUCUAUAAGCCAGGAUUCAAUGACAGCAGCUUUAAAGGUCAGCAAAGAAAACAGGAGCCAUAUAAAAAAUUUAAAGAAGAUUCCAAAGCUACAAGAGGUGAAAGUCAGCCACAUAAUAAAAUAUCAAACAAACAGAAUUUUGCAGGUGUGAAUAAGUACAAUGUCAAACUUUUGAAGAGGAAUGAAAGUCCCAACAUGCCUGUAAUUCAGAAGGCUUCAGUUGAUGGUCCCUGUGCAGCUGGAAAGAAGGAUCAUGAACUUGAAAGCCUUCUAGCUUCUUUGAAAAUUUCCAAAGAAAAUGAAGUGCAGACUUAUUCCAAGGAAGCAAGAGCUACAAAUGAAGAACAUCUGUCACCACAGUCAUUUGCUAUGAAAGGAACACAGAUGCUCAAAGAGAUUUUGAAGAUAGAUGGCUCUGACCUGGAAACAAGGAAUGAAGUGAAAUCCCAAGUUAAUGAUGUUCCUGCUCCCCCUAGUAGACAGGAUUGCCGUGGAGCUGCCUUGCAAUACAGACAAACAAAAAAAUUGGGUAUGUUUAGACAUUAG